AUGUGCCCCAGGUCCGUGCUUUACGAUAGCAGGCCUCAGGUUAUAAGUUUCCUGAUUGGUUUCAAGGGAACCGGAUAUCGCUGUCCUCGCGCGGACCGCGUGCGGCUGGAGGGCGGCCACGUGUCCGUCGAGGUGGUCGAGCGGCUACGAGGGGAACUAGGAGGACCGAUCACACACGCUCUCGAUCUCGCGGCUCCAUUCCUAGGAAAUGCGCCGGACGCAGCCCCCAAACCACGUUGGCCCGUUUCGCGCCUCCCCCCUCUUUCAAACACGCUACUGGGUAGGCGCCUCCAGCAUGCCAACGGGGGGCGGCCACGCAGCGCAAAAACGCGAAGGGCGCGUCAAAAGGGCGGGAGGGGAAAGGCUCAGGCGCUGACGGCGGGUUUCGGCGAGCAGGCCGGCGGGCUUUGUGGGUGGCCGACCGCGAUCCUGCCUUAUCUGGGUCCGGAAGGAAUCCGGGACUAUCGAAUUGGAAAGAAGGACCCAAGAGGGGGCCUGCGCGCUUAUGAGAUCCUUCUAGGGCGUAGCCUGCCUGCCCUAGCCGCUCUCAGCUGAGGGAUCAGGAUCCUUCAGCUCUCGACUUUAAUGCCAG